CAUGGCCCCUUUACACACCUAAGGGUCAUUGUUUACAUCCAUCCUUACCGUGCCAUUUCUGCCUGUAUGUCUCUGCACCCUGACAGUGUAGCAGAGCUGUAGAAGAGAGGGAAAUAAACAUCUCACCAUCUUCUUCCUUUUCUGCUUGACGGUGAUCAUCUUGAAGACUCAGCAGCUGCUCUGCAGGAGAGAUCACAUCCGAGGGGAAACCUUGUGCACCUUCGCAACCAAAUAAUUCUUGUUUAGAUCUUCCAAAAACCAGCUGCCACCAUUUCCCCUCCAACAGUCAUGUACAGCUCCAGCUACUCCCGGGCCAAGUUUGGCCUGGAGGCAAGGGAGCCCCUGCACAAGCCCAAGGGAAAGAGCUGCGGCUACUACAUGAGGAUCGUUUUCUUCUUUUCCUCUCUGAUCCAGUCUCUCAUUAUCGUCAGUCUGGUGCUCUUCCUCAUCUAUGGACAGCCAGAGAAGUCUGCAGGGGAGAAGAGGGUCGAGGAGCUGGAGCUGAAUUUGAACAGGCUGAUUGAGAACAACGUCCGGUUGAGGAAGGAGAAAGGCGAGCUGGGAGCUCAGCUUGAAGCUCGCACAGCUGAGAAAACUGCUCUGGAGAAAGAGAUGGAGAAGCUGAAGACCGAUGCCAACAACACAGCGAGUCAGCUGAAGAAUAAAUUAGCUAACUGUGAGAGAUUGAGUGCGACAACACUGAGCAUGAUUGCGCGGCGUCCGACCCCUCCGAUCCAGCCCCCGGCUGUGGUCACUACCAGCAAUGAAGUAAAGACGUUGCAGAGCCUCAACGCUCAGCAGAAUGCAAUGAUAAAUCUCAUUGAGUCAAACUUCACCCAGACAGUUCAGUACCUGAACCGGGAGAGAGACAAUGCCCUCAAAGACCGAGACACACACCACCAGGAUGCUAUCACCCUGCGCAGGGAGAACACCGUGCUGAAGGAGCAGCUCACCACCUACACCAGGAAAUGCAAAGAGGACUUUGCUCACUCUUUGGACGGGAUCACAACGGUGACCAGGGAUUUCCUGAACCGGAUCAACAACCUGUUUCCCCACCAGCUGACCUUUCACCUCACCUGUGACAGCCAGCAGGAACAAAUGGAAAAGAUAAGAAACAGCUGCACAAACCUGUCCAGAGACGUGGAGAAUAAGUUCCAGUUGUAUCUAGACAACGUGGGCAACAAGGUAGCAGAGAUCCAAGCCCUGUCCAGUCGUAUGGAGGUGCAGAACUUGCACUUGACGUCCGACUUGCAGCAGUGUGAACGCAAUCGCAGCGAGACGGUCGCCGAGGCUGCAAGGCAGCGACAGCUCAAGCAAAAGACUCAUGAUGACCAGGUGGAAAAAUUACUGAUGGAGCAGAACCGGUUGAGAGAACAGAAGAAGCUGCAGGAAGACAGUUUGGCCCUGAAAGAGAGAGAACUCAAGAUCCUCCAGCAAAUGCUCCCUGCUCAGCCCAACUUUAAGUCCAGUGUUCCUAAAGCUGUCGGCCUCCAGGUCACCCCACAGCAGGACAGACAGAUUGCGCCUAACUGGCCUUCUCGUGGAGCAAAUGGCAUCGGCAAAACUCCAACGGUGAGAUGAAAUGAACCAGCAGAGUCAUAACUGACGGAACCAGCGGUGCACCACAGUGAUCAACACUUUUCCUUUAAGGAAUUUUUAAAAGACAUGUAUAUAUUCCAGAUACAACACACUUCAUCAAACACAACCUGUAAAUACUCUCUGACUCCACUCUAAUGACACAAUAACUGUUGUUGGUUUGUGCAUUCUGUGUUUAGCUCUACUUGGAACUGAAGAUUCAUUUGUGUUUUACUCGUGUUUACUGUGAAAAGCCUUUCUAUCUUUAUACUCAGGAAAAUGUAAACAUUUCCCUGACAUUGGUGUAAAUAUUUUCUCUCGUGUGCCACUCCUUAUGGCUUGUGUAGUUAGGAAAACCGACACUGGAAAACCUUUUCAUGCCAUGGCAUUAAAAUUAAGAAAAAGUCCUUAACUGUGCUGUCCCCAGUCUCUCGUGUCUUCCUGGCUUUAAAAAUACAACAAAGGCUCAGACACGACUUUGGGCAGCAGCUGCUCGCUUGUCUGCUAUAAACCAAAUACUCUUAAAAUAGCUUCAUUUAUGUUUCCUAGCGAUUCUCACGUUUAAAUUUGUACCGCAGCCCGGAUGGCAAUACACACAUCCACCAAGUCAUAAACACAUCAUCACUGAGUCAUCAGCAGUCCUAAACAAUGUUCCGUAUAUCAAAAUGAGAGGGAAGAAAUCUGGCAUGUAUUUGACGUUGCAGUGUUUAUGACUAACCAAACAAAGAAAAGUUUAGACUGUUUAUUAACUGCCACUUUUAUGGUGCAUUUUACAAGUACAGUAGCGGUUAUAUGAACUGCUCUCGAGCUGUACUACUUCCUUUUCCUUUCAUAAGCACAAGGCGACGAGCACAUACAGUACUGUAGCUGCAGACAGCUGGUGCGUAUACAUGUAUUCACCUAGUAUCCAUAAAAAUAACACCUGUUUUGUGAUAAUCAUGUGUUCAGUAGGAAAAACAGAAGACAGAAAUAAAAUGAAAUUAAAAAAAACAAACAUUUUAUAUUUAUGGGGGUUGAUAAGUUGUCGUGUGUUGGAAGAUUCCAUCGUUACCACUUCUUAGAUAUAUAUUGUUUACUUUAUAAAGAAAUAUGCAAAGUGCAACUAUAAGUGUGACUGACAUUAAAAUCAGCAAUAUUGGAUGAGGGCAAUGUCUGCAGAUAUCAAGGAUUAGAAAAGCUAUUAGAAUCACAUAUACAAAUGAAUUCAUGUUACCUGUUUUGUAAUAUACUGUUGUACAAUCAUUUUGUAAUGAACUUUUCCACAAAAACAUGACGAAUAAAAAGCCACCCAAAUAAAAUUGGUUGUAAUAGAUGUGUUAUGUGCAUACUACUUUAAUUACCACAUAUCAUUACUUUUUAUUGAAGUUUCUUUCAGUCACAAUAUCAAAGCCAAAUGCCCUUCCUCUACUGGCUCAUUUUGUUUUAAUUCCUACAUUGGUUGUUUUUCCAACUUUUUUAUCCAACUUCUCUGAUUCAUGUAUUAGUUAAAUUUGUGGUGAAAAUAAAGUACGUUUUAAUUUGAAAGUUUAAUUUCUUGGAUUGUGACAAAAACUUGAUUACUCUGGACCUGGCAGAUACAUCAGAGUUAUUCAAAUUUUUAAUUUGCUAUCAUCGUCACAAGGAAAACAGGUAACUGCUCAUGUUCAUCAUACAUUUGCAGUAUCUGAAAAAUUGUCAGAAUUUAAGUUAUGAAGAUUACAGCAAUUAAUUUGGAAAAGUAAUAUUUCAGCUAUUCUUUAUUGAU